GCUUCAGCUUUGGAUCGGGAUCGGCUCAGACUCUGAUUGAAGAAGUAAAAACAGAAAUGUUGCUCGCUUUGCUCAUCUCCAACUCCGUGGGCAACAUUCUCGUCGAACGAUAUCAUGGAGUUCCAGCGGAGGAACGAUUGCAUUGGAGAUCUUUUUUAGUUAAACUGGGAGCAGAUAAUCUCAAAGGUGCAAAAAAUGAAGAGCUCCUUGUGGCUUCACACAAGUCUGUUUAUAUUGUUUAUACGGUGCUUGGAGAUGUCUCAGUUUAUGUGGUUGGCAAGGAUGAGUAUGAUGAACUUGCAUUGGCUGAAGUGAUCUUUGUUAUAACCUCAACAAUCAAGGAUGUAUGUGGAAAACUUCCAAGUGAACGCUUGUUUCUUGACAAAUAUGGAAAGAUAUGCCAGUGUCUUGAUGAAAUAGUUUGGACGGGGAUCCUGGAGAACACAGACAAAGAUCGAAUCAAAAGGCUGAUUAGGUUAAAGCCUCCGGCUGAGUUUUGAACACUGAAAGGGGGUGCUUCUUACUUCUUUCCAUCUCACUUGUGCGGAUGACAGUGAACCACCCAUGCCUGCUUUAGUCACGGUGGCGCCACUGCUUCCUGAGUGAAUAUUUUUCUGAAAGAGAAGUGGUUCACAAAUAUAAUUCUACUAUUUCAAGCUUGAAUGUUUAAUUGCUAUGCACGGAGGUGGGGGUGUAUUGUGUUAAUCCCUCUCUGGUUUUGCGGAUAAUUGCAAUAUGGUUCAGGUGAUGGAUUCCAUUUAUCACUGGAUAAUUUGUGUCGCCAAUUUGUUUAAGGCAUAUUCGCAUUUGUUUGAACUUCUUUUGAUC